GCCGAGUCUGCCGCGCGUUCACGACACGCGCACAACUUUUUCCCUUGGAAACCACUUCUUGUUUGACGGCUUGUCUAAGAGAAGUUAAGCUCAACGGUUAAACGGAGACCGUCUUUCUCGCUUCCUUGACUUGAACCGUAAACACCGCUGGCUGACGGUGUUCCCCGGAGAGACGGCUCCGCGCUGGCGACUUGCCGGGAAACAACUGUGCCGAUUUUGACUUGACUGGAGACCAACUUCACCCAGCUAGCUAGCUGUUAGCUGUUAGCUAAGUGGCUCCGCUCCGCGGCGCAGGCAGCGCUCGGUUCGAGUCCCCUGCACUGCAUCGGUGACUUAAACGCACGUCCGUGUUUCCUAUGGAGAGAAGUGUCAACUUAAAAGAUCACAAUGCGCGGAGCAAGAAGCCCGGCGUCUAGGAACCCGGCGGAAACGUGCACCGAGAGAUGAUACGGCAGAGAUGCGUGCAAAUGCUACGAGGCGAUAGAGCGGGCAGGAAAUUGGAGUCAAGCUGAACCCCACGGUUGCUCCCCGGCAGCUUGCCACCCUGCGUGUGACCGUGAAUGCUCCAAGCGCCUAUGGCGGAGAGCGGGGAGGACGGCAGCCUGCCUCCAUUAACCGUGGGGGAUGCGGCCGUGGCCGGCGACGAGGCGGCGGGCAAGACGCGCUGCGAGGGCUCCGUCUCGAACGGAGAAUGCGGGAUGUGUGAAAACAUGGUGGGCUCGGGGUCCACGGACGCACCUGGCAGCCACGCCGAGGUGGACGCCGCCAACACCUCCGUCGGAUCGGAUGCUAAAUCUGAAAUACCGCGCCGGAGCAGCAUAAUCAAGGAUGGCUCAAGACAACGUAAAGAAAGGAAGAAAACUGUAUCAUUUAGCAGCAUGCCAACGGAGAGGAAAAUCAGCAGUGCAAGCGACUGCAUCAGUGCAAUGGUGGAUGGCUCUGAGCUGAAGAAAGUACGAUCCAAUUCACGCAUUUACCACCGCUACUUUCUCCUGGACGCUGAUAUGCAGUCUUUGAGAUGGGAACCCACAAAGAAAGAAUCAGAAAAGGCCAAGAUUGACGUAAAAUCUAUCAAGGAGGUUCGCACCGGGAAAAAUACAGACACUUUUAGAACUAAUGGAACCUAUGACCAGAUAUCGGAGGACUGCGCUUUCUCAGUUGUCUUUGGGGAAAACUACGAGUCUCUGGACCUGGUGGCAAACACUGCUGAUGUAGCCAAUGUAUGGGUUACAGGGCUGCGGUACUUGAUUUCCUAUGGGAAACAUACAUUAAAUAUGAUGGAGACCAGUCAGAACAGCAUGCACUUAUCAUGGCUAGGCGAACUUUUUGACAAGGCAGACAGUAACAACAGCAAACAAAUAACUAUAUGUGCCGCUGUGCAGCUGGUCAAGAAGCUUAACCCCGGACUUAAAAAUGUGAAAAUAGAACUAAAGUUUAAGGAGCUUCACAAAUUAAAUGACAAAGCAUGUCCUGAUGUGACAAAAGAUGAGUUCAUUGAAGUCUUUCAUGAUCUUUCUACCAGGCCAGAGAUUUAUUUUCUCUUUGUUCAGUUUUCCAGCAACAAAGAAAUUAUGGACACCAAGGACUUAAUGAUAUUUCUAGAGGCUGAGCAAGGCAUGGCACAAGUCAGUGAGGACACCAGCUUAGAGGUGAUUCAGAAGUAUGAACUGUCUAAAGAGGGCCAGGCCAAAGGAUGGCUGUCUCUCCAUGGGUUUACUAACUAUCUUAUGUCGCCAGAGUGCCACAUAUUUGACCCAGAACAAAAAACUGUCUGCCAAGAUAUGAACCAGACCUUGUCCCACUAUUACAUUAAUUCAUCCCACAACACAUACCUGAUAGAAGACCAAUUUAGAGGUCCCUCAGAUGUGACGGGGUAUAUUCGUGCCCUUAAGAUGGGCUGCCGCAGCGUCGAGCUGGAUGUGUGGGAUGGGCCUGACAAUGAACCCGUCAUUUACACUGGUCACACUAUGACUUCACAGAUAGUUUUCCGCAGCGUCAUUGAUGUCAUCAAUAAGUAUGCCUUUGUGGCAUCAGAGUUUCCACUGAUACUUUGUUUAGAAAAUCAUUGCUCCCUAAAACAGCAGAGAGUUAUGUUUCAGCACCUAAAGAAAAUCCUUGGAGACAAGAUCCACCUGGAUCCUCCUAAAACUGAGGACGACUAUCUUCCAUCUCCCAAUGAUCUAAAGGGGAAAAUCCUUCUGAAGGGUAAAAAACUGAGUACAAACUGCAUGGCUUCAGAAGGCGAGGUGACGGACGAGGACGAAGGUGCAGAGAUGUCUCAAAGGAUGAGUAUUGAGUCUGAAGAACAACAAACCAUUGCACCCAAGAAAUUCCAGCUUUCAAAAGACCUCUCCGAUCUCGUGACUUUGUGCAAGUCUGUGGAGUUCAAAGACUUCUCAGUGUCUUUCCAGGGCCAGAAGUACUGGGAGCUCUGCUCCUUUAAUGAGGUCUUUGCCAGUCGCUGUGCCAGUGAAUUCCCAGGUGAAUUUGUUAACUAUAACAAGAAGUUUCUGGCGCGAGUUUACCCCAGUCCCAUGCGGAUUGACUCCAGCAACAUGAAUCCACAGGAUUUCUGGAAGUGUGGUUGUCAGAUUGUGGCAAUGAAUUACCAAACUCCAGGCUUGAUGAUGGAUUUAAACAUUGGCUGGUUCCGUCAAAAUGGGAAUUGUGGUUAUGUGCUGCGACCAGCUAUCAUGAGAGAGCAGGUUUCAUAUUUUAGCGCCAACACUAAGGAUUCAGUGCCUGGUGUUUCUCCACAGCUCUUGCACAUCAAGAUCAUCAGUGGACAAAACUUCCCUAAGCCCAAAGGCUCAGGCGCCAAAGGAGAUGUAGUAGACCCAUAUGUAUAUGUGGAGAUACAUGGCAUUCCUGCUGACUGUGCAGAACAAAGGACUAAAACAGUUAACCAGAAUGGGGACAACCCCUUGUUUGAUGAGAGUUUUGAGUUCCAGAUUAAUCUUCCAGAACUUGCAAUGGUGCGAUUUGUGGUGCUAGAUGACGACUACAUCGGGGAUGAAUUCAUCGGCCAAUAUACAAUUCCCUUUGAGUGUCUUCAGCCAGGCUUCCGCCAUGUACCACUGCAGUCAUUGACGGGGGAGCUUUUGCCACAUACCUUGUUGUUUGUUCAUGUGGCCAUAACCAAUCGAAGAGGAGGUGGCAAACCACACAAAAGGGGACUUUCUGUACGGAAGGGCAAGAGGAGCAGAGAGUAUGCCAGCAUGAGAGUGCUAUUGAUCAAGGCUGUGGAUGAAGUCUUUAAAACAGCCUUGCUGCCACUGAGGGAAGCAACAGACCUCAGAGAAAACAUGCAGAAUGCGAUAGCGUCUUUUAAAGAGCUCUGUGGCCUUUCGGCAGUGGCUAACCUGAAGCAGUGCAUCUUGGCCCUUUCCCCUCGACUGAUUGGACCCGACAACGGUCCGCUCGUGGUGUUCAACCUCAGUGAUCAGUACCCCAAUUUGGAGCCUCAGGUCCUUCUACCAGAGGUCCUCAAGAAAGUCACAAUCACAUAUGAGAUGGUGAUCCAGACCAGCAAGACUCUGCUGGAGAGUUCUGAUGGGGUGUGCGACAGAAUCCUUCAAACCCAGAAAGCAGCAAUGGAGUUCCAUGAGAACCUCCACAACUUGGCUGUGAAGGAAGGCUUGAAGGGUCGGAAGCUACACAAGGCAGUGGAGAGCUUCACGUGGAACAUCACCAUUCUGAAGGGCCAGGCAGACCUACUGAAGCAUGCCAGAAGUGAAGUCCAGGAGAACCUUAAGCAGAUUCACUACGCCGCAAUCACCUGUAACCUGAACAAAGGUGGAGCAUGUGGCGGCUCUGCUGGCUCAGAGUCCAGGAGCAGACGCAGCCUCGAGGCCAUUCCUGAAAAGGCCACCGGUGAGGAGGAGCUCACUGACGAGGACAACUGAGGACCCGCAGUCCUGGCACCCGCAUUCAGACCUCUACCCUGCCUCGCCAGCUUCGAACCCACUGCUCUCCCUCACCCCGGCAUCUCAAAACGCAUUUCUCCCACAUUCCUGCACUGAAGCACAGCUGUAACCUCACAUGAACAUCUGCCCUGUAAUCAGCAAAAUGCCACCAGUAGUCCUGGAAAUCCAGCCUGUAAUCCCACCGCAUUCUCAUUGUAGGUCCUUUUCAAGACAAAAGUUCGGUGAUAAACCCGAUUCUGUCAUGUUUCUAAUAAAAACAUUCUGCCGUUUUUUAUUUUCGGGCGAGCUGAGAGAGCAGAGGGAACAACAAGCCAUGUGACCAACGAGAUGUUGACCUACUGUUGAGACAAAGCACUUCUACUCCACAGACUGCGGUGUAACCCGCGGCAACAACGAGCCCUUGGAUUGUUGGAAGACAUUUCUUAAAGCACAAUUUUCUGGAGCUAUGAAUGUAACAGGACAUUGGGAGCGAUCGGACAAGAAGGACAGAAGGAGGAGAUUUUAACAAAUGAGAGUAAAGAGUUGUUUACAAUACUGAACUUGUCCUGUCUGCCAAAAUAGUAUCAAUAUACUGUGUGUAUAUAUGGAGGUUCCAGUUACCUUUUGUUUUGCAGAGUGCAUCAUUUUAUUAUUGUAUACUUGGAAAUAUAAGAUUUAUUUUAUAAAAUAUGAACAUGUCUGUGAAGUUACAAGAUUCAUCUGUUUGUAGAGACGUGUUGGAGCCGGUUGUGGUUAGAUGAGGUGACUUGGAAGCUCCUCCACAUGGAGCCCACAGUGUGGACGUGUGAAUGUGUUCGUGUUUGGUGCAAACUAAAUCAAGUGUCAAAAAUCACAACCAGCAAAUGAUUGAGGACGAGGCUCCACUUAUUUUCACAUGCACUGAAACACAGUUUGGACGUCGACGCAUUUUUAUAUUUCAGCAUUUUCUUUGGUACAUAAUCUUUUAGGCCUUCCUUUUGGAUCGAUUUAGUCCCAUUUCAGGGUGCUUAUGAGGUGAACUCGUGCAGGUAGAGGGGCCAGAUGACAGUUUUUCCUUCUUUACAUCACAUUCACUCUAUUUAACAAUGAGCAUCGUUAAAUGCCUGGGAAAUACAGUAAUUUAAAGUCAAUAAUUACUUUUGAGCUUUCACCAAAGAUUCUUCCGUUUACAGAUAUUAUUAGUUGUAUUUUUUGUACCAUCCAUUAAGUUGAUGCCAGAACAGCUCAGUGGUGAGGUCUGGUGGCUCCACUUAGUGCUGCAAAAUGGCUUUUUAGACCCACAACAUCAGACGUACCUUGUAUAGACUGAUGUGGAUUUGACACGUACACACUGUAUUUUCUGAUGUUAUGACGGACUAAAAAUAAGCUUUGUUUUGUUUUGUUUUUUCAGAACAAGUGCAUUUCAUUUAGCUGUAGUGCACAUCUAAUAGGAAACUGAAUGGGAGAUUGAUUGUCAGGGACUAGAGAUGCAGCAGCAUAAGAGUAUGGUGCAAGCAGUUUAAACUAUACAUCAGAGCUGUUUCCUGAAUACUUCUCGCCUUGCACUAAGUCUGCACGUUUUCAGAUUCAGCCUGAGGAAAUAUUGUGCAGAGUUUGCAUAUUUUGGAUGCUUCAGAUAGCUCCUAUCUGCCUGGCAAGUCAAACAGUUUGUACGAACUGAAUCUCAGGUUUCGAGGGAGGGUUCAGAAAGACAUGGGCUUCAGAGUAAUAACAGCGUCAUUACCAUGAUUGGUACCAGUAUUUGAUGCACAGCAAGUCUGUGUUGUAAUUGUGCCUUGCUACUAAAAGCUACUGUAGCAAGUAGGAAGUGAGAAGAGAGAAUUUAUUCUUUUACCAGGCCCUUUCCCACAUGUUGCUUCCUAAGUGUUGCUUUACAGUUUAACAGUCCAUAACUGUGUCUUCAUUUGAAAUUACACACUAGAGAAAAAUCUACAUACUUUCUGUUGAUUGGCCAAAACAUCAGCAUCCUCAAAAAUAACUAAGAAUGUUAAUCAAUAAAAUUGUAAGACAAAGAAAGCAGAAAAAGCUCCCACUUGAGAAGCCUGAACGUUUGGUUUGCAGUUUUGUAGUACUUUAUUUGAUAAAACUGAAACUUCGAAUCGCUCAUCUCUAUUAACCAGCUAUUGCUUAUGUAGGAACGUGCUGUGGUUUGUCUUUUUCAGCCACACUAUCAGUCCAGAGCGUAAACACAGAGAGCACAUAAACCAGAGCCUCGUCAGUGUAAAUGUUCCACAGCUGAAGCGAUGGCGGCCACAGCAGCCAUUACAGCCACAGCAGCUUUCACUUCAACACGCAUUUAAAUAUCCACGUCACAAUCCCAAUAACAGUUGCUAUGCAUGUCUGCGCAAAAACUAACUUCCACAGCAGCUUAAUGGCCACUGUGCUCAAUAUGAACGUUAUAUUAUCCACCACCAGGAAACCAACUAUUAAAUCAAGCAGACUUUUUCCAAACAUGUAGUACAGUGAUUUUCUUAAUCAGGCAGUUGGACUGUUAAAUUGUAUAUAGACUUUUAAAUGUUUGUCUGACUGUGUUUUUUCUGUCCUCACCUAUUGGAGCUCUGCUACAAGACAGAAGACAGUCCCUGAACCUCAGUGCUGUGCCAGUCAACGUAUUUAUAAUGAUUAAAAAGCAUUCAGCUGUUCUCCGGGAUCUGUCAAACCCAAUAAAAGCAUUCUUGUUAAUA